GUUUCGCGAGACAGUAUAUAGAAGUUUUUCGUUUUGACCGUUGGGAUAGGGUUUGUAAGAUUCUUCUGAAGCACUAGGGUUUCAUUAUUAAUUCAUUGAUUCUCUUUGUAUAUAAGAGAAGUUACAGUUUUUUUGAUUGAUUUGAUAGCUGUAGCUGAUAGCAAGGCUGUAUUUUUUCGGUUCCUUACUACGAGAAAUACUCUGUGAAGUUUUUGGUGCUAUAUUUUUAGUCUGCCAUUGAAAAUCGAGGGAUUUCUGUUCUGGAACUUUUUUAUUAGUUUGAAUUAAAAAAAAAAGAAAAGAAAGAAAAAAAAGAGUAAAUCUUUUGUUGUUGUGUAUUAGUGUUUUCCAUUUUUCUCUUUGGGAUUAUUAGGAAAGAGGAAAAUAGUGAAAUAUAAGAAAUCUAGGUUCUCUGCAGAGAGAUUGAGAUGGCUUUGAACUAUUCGCAUCGGCCCUCGUUUCCAGCUCACGUCUCCGAAGAUAAUUUGUUCUCGCCUAUGAUGAAUGUGAGUGCUUGUCUUGCUGAGGGUGUUUCUGAAACGAUCGAUGAAGGUUAUGCGAGGCCAUGGAGUACGAGUUGGGGAGAAAUGGAGGAGUGGUAUUUCAACUGUACGAGUGAUCGAGUUCACAAUAACGGCUCGCCGGAGUUUAAUAUCGAUGAUGUUGUUAACCGUUUGCCCAUCGAUCCGUUUAGGAUGGGUAUGGGGAAUACCUUCACUGCCCUCACAGGAUGGCUUGAGGACCUGCGCUUUGACUAUGGUGGAUUCACGAGGGGCAAUAUCGGAAUAUCCGUCCCAGAGGAUUACGGUUUUUCUGCUGGAUGCAGUUUGAUUUGGAAACAUUACUCCGCGUUUCAACCAUUUUGUGGCAAUAAUCGAUUCGGCGAUAAUCUCAAUGUCGGCAUUGGGUCUUUUCUAAGAAAUCCUCAAUGUUAUGAGAAAUUUUAUAUGGAUAUCAAUUCAUUCAUGGAUGGUGUUCAGUUUCGCGCCGAGCUGAAUACAGUUAGUAAUCCAAAUCAGCAUGGCCGAGAGGGAUUCCGACCAGCCUGCAAUAGGGAGGGUAUACUGGACUUUAGCGAUACUAGUUCCGAGCUGCAUUUUGGAGAAAAAGUGGAUGUUGCUAACGAAUCUGAAGCAGCGCCACACGAAGCUAUGUUUUUUGCUUUAAGAUAUCUUGGAGUGAAGGACCUUUUGUCAGUCGAGAGGGUUUGUAGGUCGCUAUGUUCUGCAGUUCGUGGCGACCCCUUAUUGUGGAUGAGUAUACACAUUCACGAACCUCUGAAUGAAAAGAUCACGGAUGAUCUUCUUUUGCAAUUGGCUCGCAGGGCUCAAGGUAAAUUGAAAUGCCUGAGCGUAAUGCGGUGCCCCAAAGUAACGAAUGAUGGUAUAAGGCGCAUACUCGAAACUAAUACACGAUUAAUUAAGGUCAGCAGUCUAACUUUUACCUAUUUAUACGAACCCACUUUUUUUCACCGAGGAAAUUUGUAUCUCCCCUUUGACGAUGAUCGAGCAUUAGACAUUGAAAUGUGUCCGAAAUGUGAGAAUUAUAAGUUGGUUUACGAUUGUCCAUCUGAGGAUUGUCAGGUUAAAGACAGGGCCUCUUCUCCGGCUUGCAGAGGUUGCACGCUUUGUAUACCGAGGUGCGCUCAGUGUGGAAGGUGUAUCAAUGAUAAUGAAUAUGAAGAAACUUUCUGUCUGGAUAUGAUUUGCUUAGAUUGUUUUGAGCCGCCGUUACUGUACCAAGAAAGGCUGGAGAUUAAAGAAGCUGACUCGUGUGCGGAUUUGCACGAGCCAUUUUAUCACUGAAGUUGUGGUUUGGUGAUGAAAUUUCAUUUUUACGUUAGUCAAAAGAUGGCGAAUAAAAAAAAGAAAGGAAAAAAAAAAAGGGUCAUCCUCAAAAAACAAAAAAAGAAAAAAAUAACCGAAAAAAGAAAAAAGAUGAAUGGAAGAGAAACGGAGGAGGAGAUGAGUGAGAGGAAAAGGGAAGGCAAGAAAGAAAUGUGGCUCUGUUUUUUGCAACUAAACGGUCUUUGUGUACUUACUUGUGAGGUGAGUUACGUGCUUUUGCUUCAACGUGGAAGUUUUUUUGGGAUAUUUGUUGUACGAGUGGAUUUGGUAAAACUCGAGAUUGGAAAUAUGUAGCGUCUGUGGAUUACGCACCGAAUCUUCUACUGAGAUUUGGUAAAACUCGAGAUUGAAAUUAUGUAGCGUCUGUCUGUGGAUUACGCACCGAAUCUUCUACCCAGAUUUGGUAAAACUCGAGAUUGGAAAUAUGUAUCGUCUGUGGAUUAUGCACCGAAUCGUCUACCGAAAUGCCAAUUCUUCCUUGGGCAGGAAGCUCUUGGUGCAGCUUUUGUUUCUUAUAUGUUUGUAUGACUUUAUAAGCUUGCUUUAUAUAUGAUAUAUACAUACAUACAUAUGUAUAUCUAUAUUUAUUAUUCUUGGAACUUCUGAUUGCCACAUUGUACUUUGGAUAUUUUCAUCAAUAAGAACUUGUCACGAUGUUUUUUAACACGUUGUCCUCAAGUUUUAAACGAGGUUAUUAAUUCAUA